AAGUCCCCAGAGCUGUGGCGGGCCGUGGUGAUGUCGCACCCGCCCGACACUCCGGAGGGAACGGAGGCCUUCCUGCGCGCCAUAGCCAAGGUGUCGUCUGAGUUGUGGCCGGCAGUGCCGAUAACGAGCAUGGACGACCCCUCACGCACCAUGGCCAAGGUGGAUGACUCCUUGUGUGCCAUGGCCAAGGCGGCUGUCGACCGCUCCGGUGGGCAGCUACAGAAGUUUGUGGCGAGGGAUUUUGGGACCAAUGAGCUCCUGGAAUAAAUAGCGGACAGGUCGCCCUCUCUGAAGAGCCUUGGUCUGAUGCAAUGCCACGACAUCUCCAAGAAAGGAUUCAUGGACCUGAUAGUAAAGUUCCCUCAGCUAGAAGAACUAGUUCUCAUUGAGUGCCACAACAUUUCUGAUGAUGAGAAGGAGAACCGUGAUGUGUAUGAGGCCAUUAGCAGAGCAUGCUCGCAGUUAAAGCUCUUUGUGCUGGCCCAUCCAGUGUACUUUCUGCAUCCGGACGGCAGCUAUGGUUUCCAUGAUGGGGAUGUGCUUGGAAUCGCUAUGAUGAAGCAGCUGCGGCACCUUAGUCUUGAUUGCGUCGACAUCAACAACGCGGAACUAGUGAGCAUCAUUGAUAGCUGUCCUUACCUCGAGCAUCUUUGCAUGCGCUACUGCUACAACAUCGUCGCCGACGAGGCACUACGAGCAAAGUGCGCCAGGAUCAAGACUCUAAAGCUUAAACCCGUGUCUGAUGAAAUUGCUUCUAACGAUUGUUGCUUCGUUUUUUCCGAUCCACCAGUUGACGAGUUCGUCAUACUUUCUUUCUUUGACACCUAGCGUAAAAUAUGCUAGCAUGUAUGUACUCCAGCCAUCUUUCUUCGAUUUAACUAGCUAUACAUCUCCUGUUGGUGUUAGCAUUACUAAAACUUGUAAAUUGAUUGCCCAUCUACCUAAA